AUGAGUGGUGUGGAGACAAAACACUCUAUGAAUCUUUUCAUCCCUGCAGUUCCCGGUCCGGUUUCGCAAAUCCGUCUUCUGAAAGCCAUGCAGAACUCGGUGGAGUUUGCCUGGGAAAAUCCAACCCAGUACUUUGGAACAGCUAAUACAACCAUCAUUGACUACUGGACACCGAAUGGACCAAAUCAAAUCGUCACUGUUGAUGCCUCUGCUAAAAAUCACACACUCGAUAAUUUGAACGCCACUUUACCGUUCUACGUCAACCUGGCCGCCAGUACAAAAGCGGAUGAGAACAGUUGUGGUGGAGGCAGAGGAGUCGGGAUCUUGGGAGGCCUUUUCUACACGAUAUCUGAUGCCGAGUUCACACCGGUGGGAGGGACGUUGAGAGUCACGGGUCCAACGUCUCUGAGAAGAGAGUGGGAAGCCCAAAAUUUCUCGGACCCCCGCAUCUUGGCCCUCACCUAUCUUGUGACCGGUGGACCGCGGGGGCCCCAGGCCGGUAUUCUGCCAAUGACUGCGCGUGGGCUGAGCAUCAACAAUCUGGAGCCCAACACAAAGUACACCGUUGACAUCAUCGUAAGCGGCGUUUAUACGAGGACUGAAAGCCCACUGGAAGCUACCACGGCGCCUGGAAUGCCUGGGAUGCCAACAGGUCUAACUGUUACCAAGGAAGGCAACAACGCCCUGAGGGUUCAGUGGUCCGCUCCUGCAAAUCCACCAGGGAGGCUUAAAGAGUACGCCUGUUCCCUCUACUCCGGCGAUACCCUGGUAAAGACUGAGUAUGAGCCGGGCACAGAACACAAAUUUACGGAACUCUCCGCGGAGGGCGUCUACAAACAGAAAUUUCAAAAUAUUUCCGUCGCUCUGUUUUUCUUUCUGCGUGUAGAGCCCGCGCUCGGCCCUCCCACCAUUUUGAGCGUGACGCCAGCUGGUAUAGAUUCAAUUUCUGUGAAAUGGGAUCCUCCGGCACAGGAUACUGUCGGUGUGUACGGAUACAACAUCAAUUUCAAGGACAGCAAGGAACAAAUCAUCUCCCGUUUC